AUGGCCUCGUUGCCAUCAGGACUCAUCAUCGGUUACUCAUAUAAGAAUGAUGGGUCUGACCUCAGCCUCACCAGUUUAUUUAUGUCAGAACGAACUUACAAAGUUGGUGAGGGCCUUGGUGAAGGUGUCGAGCGAUCCGUCCUUGCCCAAGCUGUCCAGAAGUUAACAAGUGAACUAUCCACUUGGGUAGAGACCAUGGAUAGGUUCAAGAGCUUUUCGACCCUCCCAUUUGGGGUGUUGGACCCAAAGAUGCCUGCACAACUUGUACAAGAUAUGUUAUCUGCAAGACAACUCAAGUUGCAAUGGCAGCUUUAUGCUGGCGUUCUUCUUGGAUGUCCAUCAGCAUUCACAUUAGAUGUCCCUCAAGAAAUUUUAGCAUUUGCUGAAGGGUUCAAUGUCUAUGUUAGUGAAGAGAUACCUUCCUUGGCAUCUUUGACACAUUUUAAGACCUUGCACCCAUCGUUGGAAGGGCUGAUUGCUGAGCUUUAUCAGCAACAUUUUAUUUCUCCUGCUCAGCUCAUUCAGCGCCUCGAAUUUGAGGUUGUGCAGAUAUCUGAAUCUGAUGGUGGGCAUGCACGCAGGCAGCCUGUCAUCGACUCAGAUAUGGAAGCAGCUUUCAUCUUGAGGUGUACUCAGUACCUGAGAGGUGUUGGCCAUCCGAAACAUCCUGCUGUUGAGGCAUCAAAUCCCAAGCAAAAUUUCUGUGUACAUGUUCACAAUCAAGGCUCGCUGUUCAUUGAACUGAAUUUUACACUCAGGUUCGCUUUACGAAAGGGCUUCCACAGAAAUAUGCGCAUUCAAAACUACCAGGAGUGGGCACUGAUUGGGAGCCAGCCUCCUAUCCAAUGCACUUUCAGACUUGUUCCUACUGAGUGA